AUAAGCGACCGUCGUUAACCGCUGCAUUCGUUCUGUGUUAAAGCUACAUAGCCGGUGUGUUUGAAUUUAACAACGUUCUCGAUUUUUAGAAAUAAACAAACAAACUUGACGGUUCUCAGUUUCGCUAAUAGGCUGCAUUUAAACGUGUAUUCACCGAAAACAUGAACGGGCACGAAAAUUUCAUCAUUGAUGAAGAUUGCUUUCUGUUCACUUCUGAGUCGGUCGGUGAAGGACACCCUGAUAAGAUUUGCGACCAGAUCAGUGAUGCUGUGUUGGAUGCUCAUCUCAAGCAGGACCCCAACGCUAAGGUUGCAUGUGAAACUGUAGCUAAAACUGGAAUGAUCUUGCUUGCGGGCGAGAUCACCUCUCAUGCCAACGUCGACUACCAGAAGGUUGUUAGAGAAACCAUCAAGCAGAUCGGCUAUGACAACUCCACCAAAGGGUUCGACUAUAAAACCUGCAAUGUCCUUGUGGCUCUGGAGCAGCAAUCCCCAGACAUUGCCCAGGGUGUCCACCUGGACCGCAACGAGGAAGACAUUGGUGCAGGAGACCAGGGUCUGAUGUUUGGCUAUGCCACCGAUGAGACGGAAGAGUGUAUGCCCCUGACCAUCAUCCUGGCACACAAGCUGAACGCUAAAUUGUCCGAGUUGCGGCGCAACGGCUCUCUGCCUUGGCUGAGGCCGGACUCCAAAACUCAGGUGACAGUACAGUAUCGUCAGGAUCGUGGCACCAUGGUCCCCUUGCGUGUGCACACGGUGGUGGUGUCUGUGCAGCAUGAUGAGGACGUGGGCCUGGAUGAGAUGCGUGAUGACCUGAAGGAGAAGGUUGUGAAGACCGUGGUGCCCAGUCGUUACCUGGAUGAUGACACCAUCUACCACCUGCAGCCCAGUGGCCGCUUUGUCAUCGGAGGACCACAGGGUGACGCUGGUCUGACUGGACGCAAGAUCAUCGUAGACACGUACGGAGGCUGGGGUGCUCACGGUGGCGGUGCGUUUUCUGGGAAAGACUACACUAAAGUGGACCGCUCUGCUGCCUAUGCUGCUCGCUGGGUUGCCAAAUCUCUGGUGAAGGCAGGACUUUGCAAACGCGUCCUUGUGCAGCUCUCGUACGCCAUUGGUGUGGCCCAUCCGCUUUCUGUUUCCAUCUUCCACUAUGGUACCUCUGAGAAGAGUGAGAAGGAGCUGCUUGAAAUUGUGCAGAAGAACUUUGACCUCCGCCCUGGCGUCAUCGUCAGAGAUCUGGACCUGAAGAAGCCGAUGUACCAGCGCACCGCAGUGUACGGCCACUUCGGCCGUGACUCUUUCUCUUGGGAGGUGCCUAAAAAGCUCCACUAUUAAACCUGUAACCACUUCUCCUUUCAGUUAGCAGGUGUACACUACAGAAAAACCUUGCUGCUUUGAGGAGAAUGGUGUAACCUCCUUCUUGACCCUAAACCCCAUCCUUCUGAAUCAAGUCCUGAAAAGAAAGAAAUGCGUCCUUCUUUUAGCUUGCACCUUUACAACAAUUUCGAUCGUCACCAUUUUUAUCUUUUUCUUUUAUUUUUCCCUGUCCUCUAAACUCCUCCAUCCCUCAUGCUCCUGUCCUGCAUCCUACUGAAGUUAAUGAUGGCACAAGUUGAUUAUUUGUAUGCAGAUUGCUAUGCAUUGCCACACACAGCACUGAAGCCAAUCAAACCUCUUAUUUAUUUAUUUUUUUUCUUUUUGACCUUUUCUACCAGUACCACUUAUGCCAGCAUGACCUUUUUCAAUGCAUUUUAAUCACUUGAACGACUCAAGACCUUGGGUUCAGAGGAAUGUGUAAUAAUCUGAAUGCUGUCGGUGUGUGGAAUCAAGUGUGGUACAGCAAAAGUAUAGCUAGGCCUGUUCUGAUUGAAGAAGGUAUAUUUUUUUAUUAGAUGAAACGGUUUUUCCAGAUGUCUGUUGCUGACAUCUCAGUCCUUGCAGGCCAUAUGUAUUCUGGUGUGUUACAGAGAAACCAGAAGCUGCUACCAACUGUGGAACUGCAGGGCUGUGAUUCUUAGCUCCACCCCUUUCCUUCAAUUUAUUUCUCAGUAAAUUUAUUUAUAUAGAUUAAAUAUUAAAUUCUCAGUAGCUUUGCUCUCUCUCUGUCACAACACCCCCCCCUCCCCAAUCCAUGGUGAAGACUCUGCAUUCCCCCCCAUGCGCAUGCCCGAUAGCUGGCGUAGUUACAGAGAAGCCGAGCUUCCUCGCUGCUGCAGGUGGGUUGCCUUCACUGAUCGAAUGCCACUUGUUUCAAGCCCUGCUUUCAGAGAGUCUCUAGAACCCUGGAAAGUUGGAUUCCUUUUGUACGUAAAACAUUUUAACAAUUAUCCUGAGCAGCAGUGUAGCUGUGUGCCCAUCGAGUUGCACAGGGUCAUCAGAAUUAAGUCGUGUUAGUGAUGUCAUCAGAAUUUACACAGAAUUAACACAGUGGCCAAGUGUGACAUACACAAGGAAUUUGGUUCCAGCUGUUUGUGAAAAGUACAGAUAUAAAUAACACUAUACAUUUAGCUUGGGCAAGACCAUAUAGACAGUACGUGUAUUAAAUAGAAAUACAGAAUAUAUGACAGAUCAGUAAUGUGCAUGUUAGUGCAAAUAACUAUUGUGCAGUAUUAUGCUUUUUUACAAUAUACAGCAGCAAUAGUGUAUGUGUAACAUACAUGUUGUGGUGAUUGACAGUUCUGAUAGUACAGGGAAUAUAAUUUUGGGGAGUUUUUAAUCAAGGUGAUUGUCUGGGGAAAGAAAAUAUUCCUGUGUCUGGGAGUUUUGGUAAACAAUGUUCUGUAGCGCCUGCCAGAAGGGAGGAGCUGAAGGAGGUUGUGUCCAGGGUUCAAAGGGACAGAAAAGCUUUGAGGCUCUGAUGCUGGGUGGCUCUUGAGGCUGUGACCAUUGUUGCCUGUUUUUAGUUUUACCCAAUUAACGGCAGAUUUAAGAGAGACCGACCAUACACGCACGUAUUUUUACAUAUUGGAUCUGCUCUGCAAUCGAGACAGAAGCAAGAGUUUGGCCAGUGUUGUACAGAGAAACUGGCCUUGUUUACAUUGCUCUGCUCGAUAGUGAGUAUUUUACAUGUUAGUUUUUUCAUUUCUUAUUUUAAAUGCCAGCCAUUGGUGCACAGACUGGCUACUGGAAGAGUAAAAGUGCCUUCCCCUCCUUCCCUUCCUGCCCCACUCCCUCUUGCCUUUUUCCCCAUUUCCUUCCACCAGACCUUCUCCCUUUUGAUGUUUUUACCUUCUGCAAUUCCAAAAUCCUCAAUGCACCUGACAUUGUAUCCUGAAUAGAUUCCAAAUAAAACUUCUGCUCCUGUGUCCUGA